AAGGCCCCGGGGUCGCGAGUGCUGAGGCGGCGUCAUGUCCUCCGACGUGGCCGCGCGCCGCGACGCCAAGAAGCUGGUGCGCUCCCCCAGCGGCCUGCGCAUGGUGCCCGAGCACCGCGCCUUCAGCAGCCCCUUCGGCCUGGAGGAGCCUCAGUGGGUCCCGGACAAGGAGUGCCCCAGGUGUAUGCACUGCAGCGCCAAGUUUGACUUUCUCACCAGAAAGCACCACUGUCGCCGGUGUGGCAAGUGCUUCUGUGACAAGUGCUGCAGCCAGAAGGUGCCGCUGCGGCGCAUGUGCUUCGUGGACCCAGUGAGGCAGUGUGCCCAGUGCUCCCUGGUGUCUCUCAAGGAGGCGGGGUUCUAUGACAAGCAGCUCGGGGUGCUCCUAGGUGGAGCCACUUUCCUUGUAACUUUUGGGAGCUCAGAGAAGUCGGAAACCAUGGUUUGUCGCCUUUCCAACAGCCAGAGGUGCCUGCUUCUGGAAGGGGACAGCCGCCAUGAGAUCGAACUUGCACACAUUUCAACUGUGCGGAUUCUGACGGAAAGCUGCCCUCCUGGAGGAGGCAACGCACGGGCCACAGGUAUGUCCCUGCAGUACACAGUGCCAGGGACAGAGAGCGUGACCCAACUGAAGCUGACAGCUGGGGAGGAUGCAAAUGCCAGCAGAAGGCAGUCGAUAGCCUGGCUAGUGGCCAUGCACAAGGCUGCCAAGCUCCUCUAUGAAUCUCGGGACCAGUAACUCCACAGGAGAUGAACAAUCAGCUUGGAGCAGCAGAGCCUGCUGUGUGCACACGGGCGACUAAUCCUACACAUGAUGGGAAAUGCAAUUCAAAUACUGGGAGAAACAGAAGUGUUCGCUUACCUAGUGCAAUACAUAUAGUUAUUAAUGCUCUGAACAGCCUCAUGCUUUAGAAUUUGUGUAUUAUCUUGUUGAUACUUAAUUGGGGAUGGGAGAGACUGAGCUACACUACUGCUAAGCCAUUUUUAGCAUAAUCUGUACUGGGAUUUUACGAGUGCCCAGGUUUACUAGAAGGUUCUGGCCUUUCUGUUCAUUUCAUGAACUCCUCCGCAGGAGACGUGGGUGGUAGUUACUCAGGCCGAUGUGGCCUGAGCCCGAGCGCAGCUGAGACUGCUCUCUCCCUGCGGCUCUAACUGUGGGCUGUGAACACACGCUUGAUCCUUCACUGACGGGGAGGAGCCAGCCUUGUGUUUUGUACUUUUUACUUACUGUUUCACUUUACUAAAAUAAUUGUACAGUUUGUAUAUAAAGCUUAUGAUUAAAACCUAUUUUGAAAAUA